AUGCCAUCAAGGUAAAUUGCAAGCUUUGAACACAUUCUGUUUAAUUAAUAUGCCAUAUGACACCCUGUUGUGGAUGAACUCUGAAAUCCAUCCUAGACCAUUUUGACACUUUCCUGACAAUAUAUACCAUUAUUACGGUUGCCAUUGAGUAAUUUUAAAAAGAACAAAACAAUAGACACUCCGAAAAUAGUUAACAUUUUAUUCAAUGUUUCAACUAGGUUUAAGUCAUCAUCAGGAAUGAUGCUAUUGAGAAAUACUGAGAUAUAUAUUUACAAGUUAAGCAGAUCAAAUUACACGCUAAUUAAAUAUUACAAGUUCCUUAGAAGCUUUAGUUAGGAGUCUCUACAUAUACAUCGCCAAAAACUAGAACUAAAUCACAGAACUAAAGCCUCUAAGGAACUUGUGAUAUUUAAUUGACGCAUAAUUUGAUCCACUUAACUUGUAAAUAUAUAUCUCAGUAUUUCUCAAUAGCAUCAUUCCUGAUGAUGACUUAAACCUAGUUGAAACGUUGAAUAAAAUGUUAACUAUUUUCGGAAUGUCUAUUGUUUCGUUCUUUUUAAAAUAACCAUAAUACCAUGUCCCCCAAAAGAAUUCAAAUCUUUUACCAUGCCUAACUAGAAAACUAUAUUUGCAUGAAAGUAUAUAAACAUAUGAACUUUAAUGUCCAUUCAAAUUAAGGGAUGUCUUCUUCAUGCACUUAAUAUUGUAAAUAAAAUUUUCAGGAGAUAAGUAUCAACUUGGCGUAGGCGUGACGGGUGUUAUAUGACUGUUCAUACGAUUUGUAUUUUCUGCAGGAGUGAUUGUUCAUACGAUUUGUAUGUGGACUUAUUAGACAAUUUGGAUGCACAUGAAGAUGAUGACAUUCAGCGUGCUAUUCAGGAAUCCCUGAAUGAUGAACAAAUUGUGUAAGCAGGCAUAUACUAUACAGCUAUUUAAAUAAAGGUUGUCACAAGGGUCAAAUGAACAUUUUAUUUUAUGGGCUGAAAUGUAUUAUAAUUGAGGUUAACCUUAAUCAUCAUAUUACAUGUAUUUGUAAUUUUGUAUAUUUACAAGUAAACAGCUAAAAAUAGUGUAAUUUAUUAUACCCAUUUUGCUGUUCGCUUUUGAAAUGUACAAUUGACUAUGACAACAUUGAUUGAAAUAGCUUUAUAUUAUGGUGGAUUUAGGGAAUGUUGGAAAAUAUACAUUUACUGUAGUAAAUAAAAAUACAUUGCCAAAUAUAUUAGGCACUUGAAUGUAGUAAUGUUGUAUCUCUGUGUGAGCCGAGAUGCAAACCUUGUGUCAUGAAUGUGAACAUGUAAAAAUUUGGCAGACAAACAUUGGCAUUUGUGGUUCCUUUUAGGUUAAUUAUAAUGAUUACAUAUGAUUGAGGUACUACUGUAUAUUAAAGUUUUCAUAUAAAAACCACAGACAGAUGCAGAUGUGAGAGAUUAUAUAUUGUGGUCACUAGAUUGCACGUAAAUGUACAGUAUUGAUGUUGACAGAACAUUUCCCAUUUUUAAAGAAAAUCAGGGUUUUUCAGGGAGGGGGUCUGUUUUCCAUUGGUUCAUUCACCAUGUUCCGUUCCCUAAUAUAUUUUUGUGCUUGUUCUAUAGAAACCCCCAAGGGACCCCCUAAAUGUUUUAGAAGCACGCCCUGUAGUAUAUUUGCAGGACAAUAUAUGUAUUAUAAUACUGUAUGAUAUAUAAUAAUCAUGUAUAAUAAGUAUAAUUAUGUAGUUAUGGGACAAUUUAAAAUACAGGGUUUCUUCAGGACUUUUUUGUGGCAGUUAAACGUACCCCAAAACUCCAUCUUUGAUUCAGUUAUUCGGUUUCGAAAUUCAAUCAUAUUGUCAACAUUGCACAGUAAGUGCAUUAAAAUUGAAUUUGUUCGGGCCAAUUUUGCAAUGUGAAAAUAAUUGUAUUCCUGUGGGCAAUUAAGUAAAGUAAGAAAAUACAAACACACAGCCUAUAAAUCAUUUCACAGAACAGUAAAAAAACCAUGAACACACAUGUUAUGUACCGUCUUAAACUCAUCUCAGUCCAGUCAUUUAAAUCAUAGGCAUGUGAAGGAAAAAUUUGUGGCAGGCAGGUAACAGGUGUCCCUGGACUCCCUCUUGUAUACAAUAUACCAGUAAAUUCAAUCUUUUGCACGAAAGCAACCCAGCAAAAAAUCCUGAAAAACCCCUGAUUAUAUAAUUAUUUAAUUAAAAUCAUUGUGUAAUUGCUAAUAAUUAUGUACUAACUAUUAUUUCAAUGAAAUUAUCAGGGAUCCGAAAGCACCUUUAACAGAUCUUCAGGAACUACUAAAAGAGCACAAACUAUCAUGUACGAGGUCUGGUGACCCAAAUGAAAUUAUUGUUCGAAGGACAAAACUCUUGGAAAGUGCUUAUCGUGCUGUUAAAUCAAAGAUGUUUGACUGUUGCAAAGAACUUGUUGUGCAAUUUAGUGGAGAAGAUGCGAUUGAUGCUGGAGGGCCUCAAAGAGAGUUUUUAGGUAUUUUAUAUGGAGUAUAGUUCAUGUUAUAGGAGCUACUCUACUGUAAAUUAGAGUACUGUAAUUCACAGUGACAUGUGAUAAUUUGGAUUUGUUGUACUUGGCUUAACCCUUUAAGUGGCAAUGUACCCUGAUGCGCCCUAGUUUAUUAUUUUACUCUGUCUAAUGUCAGAUGAUUUUACUCAUCAAGUGGAGAGUGCUGCCAUUCAAUGUUUUAAACAAUUAAGCACAAUGCAGCAUACUUUAUUCUUUUUCCCUGUCAAAUGCCAGAGGAUUUUACUUGAAUGUGCAGUAAAUGGGAGAGACCACUAGUCAAUAUUUUUCUCUUCUCAGAUUGAUAAGGCAAGAGUUGGGUCAUGUAUCUGGUCUUUUAGAAGGUAGUGAAGGGAAGAUGACGUUUACUCAUAAUCUUAAAUUACUUGAGAAUAAAUACUGGUUAGCUGGACGACUGGUUGGAAUGUCAUUAAUUCAUGAUGGUCCUGGCCUUGAAUGUAUACACCCAAUUGUAUAUCAACUCAUGUGUGGAUUACCCUGUGAUGUGUAUGACUUUGACGUUACACUUAUAACGGAUCACGACUUUGUGGAAACAGUGCAACGGGUACAGUAA